AUGAUAAAAGAAUGUAUGCCUGCUGUUGAAAAAAUAGCAUUUCCUGAUAAAAUAAAUAUUAUUUCAAACAAUAGUUUAUCAAGGUUCACCAUUGUGAGGAGAAUUGAUGACUUGUUUGAGAACAUAGCAACAACGCUUCGUGAACGCAUUGCGAAAAUGGAAUACUGUUCUUUGGCACUUGAUGAGAGUUGCGAUAUUAGCGAUACAGCACAACUGGCUAUAUUUUUACGUGGUAUAGACACUAAAUUUAAUAUUAUCGAAGAAUUGUGUUCACUGAUUCCAAUGCAAGGGACUAGAACCGGCAAAGACCUAUACAAUGAACUAAAGACUGUGUUGAAAAAUUUCAAUUUCAUUAGUAAAGAUUAUUAG